UUCUCCCUUUAAUUCUCACAUACCUUUAAUUUCUCUCUUAGAUUAUGGCAGAACUUGAUCAUUUUCAAACACAUAACAAACCCAUAAACACCCAUAUUAAUAAUAAUAAUACACCAAUAGCCUUAAAAUUAUUUGGUAUAAACGUAUCUGAAUUACAUCCUUUAGAAGAAGUAGAAUCUUCUACAACUACACCUGCCGGUGGAUCUUCCUCGGAAUCCGGUCAAUACUCUCCGAACAAUAUUACUUCAGAAGCUUCUAGAAAGUACGAAUGUCAAUAUUGCUGCCGAGAAUUCGCGAACUCUCAAGCUUUAGGCGGCCAUCAAAACGCUCAUAAAAAAGAACGUCAACAAUUAAAACGUGCUCAAAUUCAAGCCACUCGAAACGCAGCCGCUGCUGCCGUUUCAUACAUUCGUAAUCCGAUUAUGUCUGCUUUUGUCCCUCCUCCUCAUCUUCUUCCUGCGUCUGCUUGUGCUGCCAUGGUUCCGGGCCCACAGUCCAGUACCACGUCACUCAUCCCUAAUUCUUCUUGGGUUUAUAUGCCACGUGCCGCUAUCACUCCUUUCCACGUAUCGCAUGGUUGUGUGUUUCCAUCAUCGGGAUCUAGUGGUGGGGGUUUGAGUGGUGUGAGGGGUCCUACACCGUAUGAAGGUGGUGUAGUAGAUUCUAGCUUUGAUACGACGUCGUUUAGUAAACAGAUGAGUAAGGUUGUUGAUGGGCCUUCAUUAAGUAGGUUUAAUAGGAGUAGUAAUGCGCCUGGGUUUGAUGAUGCUGUUGGGCUUGACUUGCAUCUUAGUCUUGCUCCGGCGGGUCCAUGAUUUGGGUCGGUAAAGGGCCUAUGUAAGUUGUAACAACCAUCACUUCUAAAAUUUAUUUAUUUAUUUUUAUUUUAAACUUUAAUUUUUAGAAAAAGGUCUCGUAAUGCAUUUUAGAAGUAACUCUAUUUUUAGAACUUGGAUCUAAUCUUGUACAUUUUUCCAUCUUUUUAUAUAUUUAUUUAUUUAUUCAUCUCUUUGCAUUUUAAAAAAGAAUACUUGGGCAAACUUGAUAAACAUUACUUGGUUAAA